AUGUCUUCCGUGGAGAAGGUUAUGCUCUUCCAGAGAUGCGUCAUCACCGUGCUUCAGCCGCUUCUUGAUGGCAUGGCAAGCGGGUUCCGACUCAGGGACCCUUUCGGUGAUUGGCAAACCGUGCGGCCCCUGCUGUACGCCUGGGUGUGCGACUACCCCGAGAGCGGCAAGAUCAGUUGCACACUCUCGCAUGGAUCGCGGAUGCCGUGCAGCAUCUGCUAUGCUGCAAAGGAGCAUCUGGGGGCUGUCAAGGCACGGAACACGCCGCGCACGCCUGAACAGCAGCAAUGGAUCGUUAACGAGGCGGCUGGGACGACAACUAGCCAGGACAACCCGUGCAAGACCUACUCUACCUACCCUGUUGAGGCGGACCUGGGCAUCAUGAGCCACAUUGUGGCUGUCGUGCGCAAGAUGAAGAAGCGGCGUGUGAAGCAGAUGGACAGGUCAGUGUUUUGGGGAUUGGAUUCGUUGCUCUUGGUCACAUUUACACAAAGUACAAGUACUGUCCUCUCCCUGACAUGGUUCUGCCCUUGCGUUGAACUGGUGUGUAUGGGCAGGCGCCUGUCCCUCAUUCGCGACCGCACGCGCCUGAAUCACAUGCGCCUGUCGGAGAGCGCCUACUUCGAGACCGGAGCCUGUGUUGCGGCCUAUGAGCACAGGGCCGUCAUGCAGGUAUGA